UCAAAAGGCUCUAAGCUCUAACCUUCUCAGAAGCUGAUAGCGACUCCCCUCUCUUCAAUCUUUCGGGUUUCAUCGAAGACGGCGAGCCCUUUUUCGUCUUUUCAUUCUCUUCGCUCGCUUGUCAUUUCUUCACCUUCUUCGCCAUUUCUUCCCCCUCACUUCUUUUUCUGUUCUCCUUUCGCUUUCAUCUACCCCCAGCUCAGUCAUCUUUAUUCCCUCACGCUUCUUACACCAUACCCAGAAAUACUCAUUCUCCCACAAUCGCUUUUCGCCGCAGAAAUGAGUUUCUCUGGUUCUUCCACGGAGGCUAAACGCCGCACAGUUCGUACCCUCGUCGGAAAACUGAGCUCUGUGUUGGAGAAAACCCGGGUCGAUGCUCUGUGCCAGCUUCGUCUUAUGACGAAGCAAGACCCGGAGAUUCGUCCUCUGAUUGUUGAUUCUGGUGCAAUUCCUUACCUAGCAGAAACACUUUAUUCGUCUACGCCUGAUUCUCAGGAGAACGCCGCGGCGACGCUUUUGAAUAUAUCGAUCUCCUGUAAAGAGCCUCUGGUGUCCACGCGCGGCGUUCUCGACGCGAUUUCACAUGUUUUGUCGAAUCAUAGAUCUACGUCUUCUCCCUCCGCCGUCCAAUCCUCCGCCGCCACGUUACACAGCCUCCUCGUUAUUGAUGAGUACCGGCCGAUCAUCGGAUCGAAGCGUGACAUCGUGUACGCACUUGUUGACAUAGUCAAGAGCCUCAAUUCGCCGUCUAGAUCGAUCAAGGACGCUCUCAAGGCCUUGUUCGGAAUCUCGCUUUACCCGCUUAAUCGGAGCACGAUGAUCCAUCUCGGUGCGGUUGCGCCGUUGUUCUCUCUGGUUGUGAAGGACGGAAGAGUCGGGAUCGUGGAGGAUUCGACGGCGGUGAUCGCACAAAUCGCCGGCUGCGAGGAGAGCGAAGAGGCGUUUCGGAAGGUAUCAGGAAUCGGAGUGUUGGUGGAUCUGAUGGAUCCGGUGACGGGAUCGAGUAUGAGGACGAAGGAGAAUGCUGUGUCUGCGUUGUUGAAUCUGGUGAUGUGUGGAGGGGACAAGUUAGCGGCGGAUGUGAGAGAGAAAGCCGAGAGGGCAAUGGACGGCCUCGCCGACGUGGCGGAGAACGGCAGCGCAAAGGGGAAGAACAAGGCGGUGGAACUGUUGAAGGUGUUGUUUGAUGAUGAUGGAUUUGGAAGCGACGGCCAUGGAUUGACGGAUCAAUCUUCAUGAGUUUCACUGAAAAUUUGAGUUGAUUUUGCUGAAUUUGAUCGAAUCUCCGUACAAUUCUUUUGCCUUUUUUUUUUUGCCCCUUGUUUUCUCCUCUAAAUCUAGAGUUAAGGUGAGAUGAAUGCUGAAUAGUGUAUAAAUUAGGGUUCUUAAUUCAGUUGUAAACAGUAUCAUAAUCAUCAUCCUGUCCUGUAAAGUCUGACAGAAAAUGGCAUAUUUAUAUUUAUUAAUAACAGAUUCAUAUCAUUCUUUCAUAA